AUGCUUAUGGACACCACAUGGAAUAGGUCCAGAUUCGACAUGCAGACAUUAGCGGGGAUCCGGAAGAAUAUACACCGCACAUCUUUCUCGUCGGCCGUUAUGCAUGAUGUGGAUAUUACUUCAUCGCCCAACCUUUUGGCCAAAAGGGGCCAUAUAAUGCCAAUAUAUAUGAAAAUUGUCCACCGAUGGGGGAUCUCACCAUCGGUGGCGGUAUUUCACCACCGUGCAGCAUAA